AUGCCGACAUUAUUCGUUUUAGGAUAUAUCUGCUGCAAUGAGAUUCUUAACGACCUUAUGGUUCAUGUAUUCGCGGAAUGGGAAGCUCACCCAAGAUAUCAUUCAUGCAAUAUUCAAGCUGUUGCUAAUAUGUUGCAGGUACGUUCCGAACAAAAGUUCAACACAACAUUUGAGACAAUCGUGGCUUAUGCCGAUUUUGCUGAGAAAGUUCACUUUAGUAAUGAUCUGAUCUGUAAGAUUGAACUUGGAGGACGAUACGCACUCGCUUAUGGCACAGCUCGAAACGUUCAGGAGUACCGAUUGCCGCCGAUCAACAACAGACCUCAAUAUGGACCUAUGACUGAUGUCGCUCAUGCUCUUUUCGACCCCGCACAAUACGAAUCUAACCCGCUAGUGAUUCCAUAA